GGCCAGGUGAGACCGCAGCAAACACGCUCUGCUCGGAUCGGACCUCCAGGAUUUGGUGACGAUGCAGCAGAUGAACGAGUCGGAGCUCCAGCUGCGGCUGGCGGCGUUCAGCUUCGAGACGCGCUUCGAUGAGCGCGGAGCGAUCCAGUGGAUGCAGGAGAACUGGAGCAAGUCGUUCAUGUUCAGCGCGCUGUACGCCGCCCUGGUGUUCGGAGGUCAGCACUUCAUGAAGCCUCGGCCCAAACUGGACCUGCGGCUGCCGCUGGUCCUCUGGUCGCUGAGCCUGGCCGUGUUCAGCAUCAUCGGAGCGGUCCGGACCGGGUUCUACAUGCUGCACAUCCUGAGCGCCAGCGGCUUCAGACGCUCCAUCUGCGACCAGAGCUUCUACAACGGACCCGUCAGCAAGUUCUGGGCCUACGCCUUCGUCCUCAGCAAGGCUCCAGAACUCGGCGACACGGCCUUCGUGGUGCUCAGGAAGCAGAAGCUGCUCUUCCUCCACUGGUACCACCACAUCACGGUGCUGCUCUACUCCUGGUACUCCUACAAGGACAUGGUGGCCGGCGGCGGCUGGUUCAUGACCAUGAACUACACCGUGCACGCGUUCAUGUACAGCUACUAUGCCGCGCGCGCCGCCGGAUUCCGCGUGCCCCGCCCCUUGGCCGUGGUCAUCACCAGCGCCCAGAUCGCCCAGAUGGCGAUGGGGCUGACGGUGAGCGGCCUGGUGUACCGCUGGAUGCAGCAGGGCGACUGUCCGUCCCGCAUGGACAACAUCACCUGGGCCACGCUCAUGUACCUCAGCUACCUGCUGCUCUUCUCCAACUUCUUCUACCAGACCUACCUGCGCCGCGCAGCCAAGGCCAAGAGCCAGUAGGACCCGCCGGACCGGAGGGCGGCGCCGCUGAGCCGACCUGACGCCGCUGCAGCAAAGGAAGGGAAACCAGAGCAGAAAACGAGUUUAUUUAUGUCUGGGAAUGAAGGAGCGUUUCAGGACCCGCUGGCUCCUGGCUGCAGGUCCAAAGAUGGUUCUGAUCUACAGACACAAACAUGAAGCUCAGCUGCUGAGCAGAGGUCCGAAAAUAUUCACCAUGUUUUCACUAAAUUUAUCAGCUUUGGACCCAGAAAAUGUUCUGAACCAUUUUUACCUUCAGCCUCAUUUCCAAAAUAUUUGAAAUAUGUAAAAAAAAAAAUUAGAAUCUGAACCAUUAGAACCCGUCUGGUCC